AUGUCAGUCUCUGAGAAACAUGAGAAAAUAGAGAAAAAUUUGUCAGAUUCUGAAAAACUUGACAUUAUCCUCUUUAUGUUAGAAGACUUCAAUAAAAGACUAGAAGCAAUUGAAGAAGCUGUCAAAACCACAUCAGAGAAAGAUAAGAAUAAAGGAUCUCACGGAGAUGAAGAUGGACAGAAUAGAAAUGAAGAGUCUCACGAAGAUGAAGAUGGACAAAAUAGAAAGGAAGAAGUUAUAAAUGAAGAGGCUGGCAAACAAAAUAUUGAUGGAGAUAUUCCUAGAGAAGAUUUCGUAGAUAGCCCGUCUUCAGAUUCUGUCCGUCCGUCAAACACACAAGAUGGGAGCUUCGCUGGAGACGAUGAAAACACCCAAAAAACUGAAGGUGAUGGUGGUAAUUACUUUGAAGAAAUACCAAAGGAUAAAUCUCCUUCUCCACGCCCUUCUACACCAAAUUUUGAUCUUCUUUCUCAAGAAGAUCAGGAUAGUGGAAAAGAUAAAAGCAUGGGUAAAGAGAAGGGAGCAAGCAGUAAGAAGAGAGUGUUGAGAGAGAGAAAACAGAGAGAGUCUAAGCAAACCAAUGAUGGUGAUGAUGAUGUUACGAACAGAAAACAGAGGAAGAAGCGUAAACCAAGUGACAAUCCAGAUCAAUUCGUGACAGCUUGUCCUGUGGGAAGAAUAGUGAGACUGGAGAAUCAUGUGGGUGUCACUACUGCUGCUUCAACACCACAGUGGGAAUCAAGGGCAUUUGAAGAAGAGGAAGAUGAGAAGCCUAACAGUGUUGAUGAUGUAUACUCAAACCAAGAAGAAGCGUACUUUGUUAUAUCGGAUGACGAAGAGUGUAUUAAUAUUUCAGAUACUGAUGUAGACUCAAGCCAAGAAGAAGCUCCCAAACAACAAGAAGACCCAUGCCAAGAAGAAGCUCACAAUCAACAAGAAGACACAUGCCAAGAAGAAGCUCCGACUCAAGAAGAAGUCCCAAGCCAACAACAAGAUCACACCAGCCAGGAAAUGGGCAGUUUGCAAACACCUACUACGCAGGAGAACAAUAUAAGUGACGAAGAAAUGAAACAAAUCGAGAAAGUUAUAAAAUGUUGGACUAAGCCCAAGGACAUCAAAAUUGUGCUUUCGUCAAUGGAUGAAGAGUACAGGGACAAAUACUUCGAGGAAAAUCCAUAA